UUAUCUCAUAUUAGGAGCAUAUCUCAUAAUAGGGGAUUCUCCUCUAUUCUUUCAGUAUAUUUUCCGUGUUUUGCGAAAGAUAAAUGAUCCAAUUUAUUUCUUGUACUUUGUUCACAUUUCUUUUAAGCAUAAUUAAAAAUUAAAUUUGACAAACUUUAUCUGAUUAUAUGAUUGAUAUGAUAUGACAUGAUUGCCACAAUUACUAAAUGUUAAUUGAACUGUUUCUCUAGAAAAUUGUUAAAAAUUAAUUAGAAGUUCGCUUUCAUCUCUGACUUACUGAAUAUUGUAGUUUAUUGCCAUUGCAAUCAUAACAAUCAUGUAAAAUAGCAAUCUUGACUCUAAUCGACGAACAGCGGAACCAAGGUCUUAUGUCUUGCAUUCUUUGCCUUGUAUUCCACUCUUCGUCGAGAUUCACAUUGGUUGAUUAUCUCAAUCUCCGACGAUGUGACGUCUCGAUGAAUUGCAAAAAGUUCCACGGAUGCACGGGCAAGUUCUAAAAAAUCUCGGUCAGUCGGUGCCCACAUCUCUAAGAAUAAUGUGGAAGUGGUGGCAGUUCUGUUGUAUCCUGCUAUCCUUAUGCGCGAUGACAUCGUGCCAGAGGAGCGUUCUCGAUAUGCCUAUCCUCGUGCAAUCUCUACGUAUAAUUCGGAACUGGGCUUUCGAUGCUUUCGGUCGGACAGGGACGGAUGAAAAAUAUCUACAAUUGGCGAGAGAUGCGGGCAAACUGCAAGAAGUCAUUCCCGAUCAUGUCCCGUUUCCGUGCAACGUGACAGUGGGGCGAUCAUCGGAGGUACCAGAUUCGGUGCAUAAAUUAAGACCAGGCGAUAUUGAUGUAAUUGGCGCCAUGGGUGAUUCGCUCACGGCUGGAAAUGGAAUUUUCGCAACCAGUAUAUUUCACGUUAUAGUAGAUAACAGAGGAGUUACCGCAACCGGUGGAGGCCAAGGAACAUGGAGGCAGUAUCUAACAGUACCCAAUAUCCUCAAAGAAUUCAACCCCAAUUUGAUAGGAUACGCGCUGGGAGAUUCAUUAGCAUCGAACGAGGCAUCACAGCUAAAUGUCGCUGAGGGCGGUGCCGUUUCCGAGGAUAUGCCAUACAUGGCUGAAGUACUAGUUACAAGGAUUAAAAGACAUCCAAAGAUAGAUCUACAAAAACAUUGGAAGUUCAUCUCAAUAAUGAUCGGAGGCAACGUUUUUUGUACCGACAUGUGCUGGGUUCCAUCAACUUGGUCAAUCAUUGAUAAACACAUAGCGGAAAUGCUUCAAGUUUUGCGGACACUGAGGGAUAAUCUGCCACGAACCUUCGUGGCCUUGAUUCCGCCACCGCAUGUAGGUGUUUUAGCCGAUGGUAGUCAAGGGCGAUUACCCUUGAGAUGUUAUUUCACACAAACUGCUGAAUGUGGUUGCAUGCUCAGUCUUGCUUAUAAGAGAUUCAGGCCAAUGUAUGACAAUAUCAUAAGACGGUGGCAAGAGAUAGAUAUGGAAAUCGCUGCUUAUCCAGAAUUUCAGAGAGACGAUUUCGUAGUUGUAGGCCAACCCAUCUGGAUGGAUGUAACUGUUCCACUUGCGUCAAAUGGAUAUGCCGAUGAGACGUAUUUAAGUACGGAUUGUUUCCACAUUAGUCAAAAGGCGAACGCUUGGUACGCACUCGGUCUAUGGGAGAAUCUGUUCCAGCCAGUAGGUGCUAAAAUGACAAAGCUGUCCGACGAUCCACCGUCCGAAAAAUUUUAUUGUCCUACAGAGGAGAGACCUUAUUUGGCUACAAUGUUGAAUUCAAGAAAACAGAAAGACUAACAAAACUGACUGUUAAUCACGUGAAUUAUGUGACAUUGAUACUUGACGAGAAAGAGAAAAAGAGAGAAAAAAUAUCAAUGGAGUUAUUGAGCCGUUGAAGUAGUUGUACUAUAAUGCUUGAUUUUCAAUAUUGUUGUAGUGUUAUAAUAUCUAAAGUUAUAGUAUUACGUGAAAUUGUCAUUAUAACUAUAGAAUAAGGAAAUUGUGGUAUUAUAAUUAUUUGAUUAUUG